AUGUCGACACAAAAAACCUCUCGAGGUCAAGCUCGUCGUAGCUCAGGCAUCUUCAAAUCAGCACCCCUCUCUCCCAUGUCCAGCGGCUCCCCCUCAAGACGCACGCAGGAAGAACAACCCCAAGAAGAGAGCAGUCCUCUGGCUGUUGGUGAUCGCCCACACACAAGUCGCCGUUCUCGAGCUGGUUCUGCCUCUAGUCAGACGGUUGCAAGAACGCCUGCGAGGUCCUUUUACCAUCGUUCCUUUCAUGGCCAGCUAGAACCUCCCCAGUAUUCGUCCUCCGCAGGCUUGCGAAACCAGACUGCCGAACUAGCUGCCUUUGCUCUGUCCGACAACACUUCUUUUCUGGGGAGCUCCCCACCAAGCUCCGAAGCCGCUUCAGACGAUGGGUAUAUCGAUCCCAUUGAGGAAGUAUCAGAGCCUGUAACGCCAUCAGGCUCGGAAACCGAGCUUGGACGGACUGGUGACCCUGCCGUGUCAGGUCUCACCAUGUUGAUACACGACUCUGUGGAGCAAGAAGAAGAACAAGACACCCGCGAUAUACAUGAAGCAGAUAAAGUAACACGCGCACGCUCGAGAUCCUCUAAUGUACCGGGUGCGAUGCUUCCAAAUGAACGCACAAGUCUCCUCGGUGGAGAUCGCAAACCUUCCCUAGGAUACGGGGAGUUCAGUGAUCUGGAACGGCAGCGCCCAGCAAGAGAGAGAUAUCACAAACAAUGGAGAAAGGCUGUGAGCAAUACCCGUGCGUGCGUCUACACCGUUUCCCACCCAAAGACCUGGAACCCCAAGGCCAUCUAUAGAGAGGUGGUGGUUCAUCCGGUCAGCCUCCUCCCUGCCGUUUUUCUCGGUUUGUUGCUCAACAUCUUGGAUGCUCUGUCUUACGGCAUGAUUCUUUUUCCUUUGGGCAAUGCUGUGUUUGAAAACCUUGGCUCGGAUGGCAUCGCCAUAUUCUACGUCAGUACUAUUGUCUCACAAAUCAUAUAUUCUUCAGGCGGUAGCGUGUUUCGAGGUGGCAUUGGAUCAGAAAUGAUCGAGGUCGUCCCUUUCUUCCACAAAAUGGCCUUCACAAUUCUCGCCAAAGUUGGGGAGGAUGAUCCCAAAUCUGUGCUGGCUACCACAAUAUUGUCUUUUGCUGUCAGUGCAAUCCUCACUGGAGCCGUCUUCUUUUUGAUGGGAGCUUUUGGACUCGGCUCGCUUAUUGGGUUCUUCCCUCGACACAUUUUGAUCGGUUGCAUUGGAGGAGUCGGCUGGUUCCUUGUCGCCACCGGCGUGGAGGUAUCGGCGAGACUUCCAGGAAAUCUGGAGUAUAAUCUCGACACCAUCAAGCAGUUGAUUCGGACUGAUACGAUACUCUUGUGGACCAUCCCACUUUUGCUUGCGAUUAUCCUGAUUUUUGUUCAACGCUUUGUUAAAUCAAACCUUCUGGUUGGCGGUUAUUUCAUCUCUGUUGCUGCACUCUUCUACUUCUUCAAGUUCGCCAUGGAUAUCCCAAUGGAGACUUUGCACUCAAGAGGCUGGGUUUUCGACCCUCCACCUGCGGGCAAUCCUUGGUACCACUUCUACACGCUGUACGACUUCAAAGCCGUGCACUGGGGAGCACUGGCAGACACGAUACCUGCCAUGUUUGCACUCACUUUCUUCGGCGUCUUGCACGUACCAAUCAAUGUACCAGCUUUAGGCAUCUCCACUGGUGAGGACAAUUUGAAUGUUGAUCGUGAACUCAUUGCUCAUGGUCUUUCGAACUGCAUCAGCGGGUUGUUCGGAAGCGUACAAAAUUACCUUGUGUAUACCAACAGUCUUCUAUUUAUGGACAGUGGCGGUAAUGACCGUCUCGCUGGAUUGCUGCUCGCAGCCUGUACCUUUGGCAUUCUAUUGGCAGGGCCUGUAAUUAUUGGUUUUAUUCCCAUCAUGGUUGUUGGCGCUCUGAUUUUCCUCCUGGGAAUUGAAUUGCUCGAAGAAGCUUUGGUUGGCACAUGGGGUAAAGUGCACAAACUGGAGUAUGCCACCAUCGUGCUGAUCGUUGUGGUCAUGGGUGUGUGGGAUUUCGUUGUUGGAAUUCUCUUCGGUAUUGUACUGGCGGCUGUGAGCUUCGUUGUUCAGACUUCACGCCGAAGCGCCAUUCGAGCCACCUAUUCAGGUGAAAUCGCUAAAUCGUUGGUGAGAAGGCCUCCUGUUCAACUUAACUUCCUUAAAGAAGCCGGCCAACAGAUCUUUCUUAUCCGACUGGCUGGCUUCUUGUUCUUUGGAACCAUCGUCGGCGUGGAGAAUCGUAUUCGGGCUCUGCUUGAAGAUGAUGCUUUCAGGGAUCGACCACUUCGCUUUUUGAUAUUGGAUAUGGCCCAAAUCAACGGCAUCGACUUUUCAGCAGCAGAAGCCUUUACGCGAAUUAACCGUUUGUUGCAAAAAAGAGGAGUGCAGUUGAUAGUCAGCUCCUUGGAUGUUGAUGGAGAGAUUGGUCAGGCACUAGGCAAUGUUGGACUGUUUGGAGACGAGCUAAAGGUCGAAAUAUUCACGGAUCUCAACGUUGCGUUGGAGCAUUGCGAAAACAAACUUCUGACUGCGCUGUAUCGGCAACAAGAGCAUCGACGAACCAAAAGAAUCCAUCUUGACGUCCCAAGAAGUCAAAGCCAGGAUCUAUCGCAUUCUUACCAGGCUGAAUUCAUGGGCAACUCUCCUCGAAGAAACUUUCUCCACCAGGCUGCUCAGAGCACGCUUGAUGCCGAUACCUCCACCACAGGGAAGUGGCAUUCUUUCAAACAACCACUUCCACUACUACUGCAAAUUUUUGCAGACCUAUCUGAAAAGAAUGAGGAUUUCUGGUACAAGGCCACUCAAUACUUCGAGCGAGUGAUAUAUCCUAAAGGAUCAGUUUUGUUCAAUGUUGGUGAUCAGGCCAGCGGAUUUUAUAUGCUUGAAGAAGGUAUUCUUCGUGCCGAUUACGACCUACCUCAAGGCAAAUAUUCCGAACUGAUAGUGUCAGGCCGCCCGUGUGGAGAGUUACCAUUUUUCUCUCAGACACUUCGAACCGCAACACUGAUCGCGGAGAAGGACUGCAUCAUAUGGCAGAUGAGUACACAGAAAUGGAGGGACAUGCAGGAGGAAGAUGCCGAUGUGGCACAAGAAUUGCUGGUCAUAACAUUGAAGUUGACCAAGGAGAGGAUGGACGCCAUCACUUCAUAUGUCCUGACUUCGGCCACUUGA